CAAUGAGAGAGAGAGAGAGAGAGAGAGAGAGAGAGAGAGAGACUCUCUCGCUCUCUUUUUUAGCCUCGCGCUUCCAGGAAGGGAUUAUUAACCAACACGCUGCCGACCCGUGAAGGGAAAACACACGCAGACAAAAGAAGUUUUUUCUCCCCCCCCCUCUCUCUCGCAGCGACGGCCAUGGAGCCGGCCAGCAGAUAGACACAGAGCACGAACGCCAGGCGGGCUUUUAUAUGACAAAAACAACUUAUUCUCCCACAACAACAAGCCGAGCACUGGGACUGGACGCUUCUUUUUCUUCUUCUUCUCCUUCUCAUCUUUCUUCUUCUUCUUCUUCUUCUUGUGCCGCUGCUGCUGCUCCCGCCGCUGUGUUGUGCUCGCACGGGAGAUAGAGAAGAGAGGAGCACAACGGAAAAGUGGAAGGAGAAGGAGCGAAGUUGACGGGAGAUAAUGUCUGAACCCUCCUCCGCUGCGAACAAGCAGGAGAGGAGCUCUUUCAGUCCUUCCGCGAACCCGCUGCCAAACUCCACUUCCUCCCCCGUCCAUGCUCCCGCCGCGAGGCCAGCCAGCCGAAUGGAGGACGAGCCUGCCAGGCUGCCUGCGCACCUGCGUCUGCAGCCGGUCUUUUGGAGCAGGGAGGAUGUGGCCCAGUGGCUGCGAUGGGCAGAGAAGGAAUUCGCCCUGCGGCCGAUCACCAGCGGCUCUUUCCAGAUGAACGGCAAGGCCCUGCUGCUGCUCACCAAGGAGGACUUCCGCUACCGAUCCCCCCACUCCGGUGACGUCCUGUACGAGCUGCUGCAGCACAUCCUGAAGCAGAGGAAGCCCCACGUGUUUUACCCAUCCGCCUACUUCCCUGGGAACUCCUUCCACUCGCUGCCUGAGAGCGCCGUGCAGCACAUGAAGCUCGAAGAAACGGUACGACGGGCACCACGUGGCACAGAGCCUCUCCCCCAGAACCCACCAACCAUCGAGCUGCGGCACCGCUCCCGCUCCCCCCACCAUCCAACCACCAGGCGAUCCCCUCCGGAGUCAAACCACCCACGCCCAAACAACGAGGACUCCCUCCAGACCUUCUCCCAGCUGCCUGACAGCAACCACCACCUGCCAGAGGAAAUGUACCCGCUAUCGGUGUCCCCGGCCGCGCCCAAUGGCCGCUGCACGACGCCACGAGAAGCCCCGUGCCCGGGCAGCCCCGGGGGCCCGGAGGCGGGCCCUCCACGUGUCAUCCAGCUCAUGCCGAGCGCCAUCAUGAACCCCCUGCUCCUCAGCCCGAACAGGAGCGGCGGGGCUGCUAUGGACUUCAGGCACAGCCGCGGUGGAAGCCAGUCUCAAGUGGCGCUGGAGAACGGGCGUGAGGGGAAAGUCCACAGCCACCACCAUCAGAUACCAAUGACCCAGCAGCAGCAGCAGCAACAGCAGCAUCUACUGCAGCAGCAGGAGGAGGCGCUCUACAGGAACCAUGUCAUCAUGCCCGUUUCUCCUCCAGAGGAGCAGCAAAUACCCAUCGGACGGAUAGCAGACUGCAGGCUGCUGUGGGACUACGUCUACCAGCUCCUGUCAGACAGCAGGUACGAGAACUACAUCCGCUGGGAGGAUGCAGAGAGCAAAGUCUUCCGCAUCAUGGACCCCAACGGCCUGGCCAGGCUCUGGGGCAACCACAAGAACAGGACCAAUAUGACGUACGAGAAGAUGUCGCGAGCACUGAGACACUACUACAAACUGAACAUUAUCAGGAAAGAGCCUGGACAAAGGCUUCUAUUUAGGUUCAUGAAAACUCCCGAUGAGAUCAUGAACGGACAGACGGACCGGCUGGAGCACAUGGAGUCCGACACAGACGAACAAAUCUACAUCAAAGAGGAAUGCUGAGGGAACUCUGGGAAAACGAGUCCAUGGACUACUUACUACUACUACAGCCGCCGAUGCCUUUCAGAAGCAGCCUGAACAAUCGUUUGAGUCUGGAGCACAUGGACAUUUUCGCUCGUAUCAGUCCUCCACAGACGGACACGACACCCGAUCUCUCUUAGGAUCGCCUUUAGGACGACACAAACGGCGUUGGCUGUUUGGAUUUCCCUGACGGGCCGAGCUGAAAGGACUCUCUUAAGUGUUCCCUUUUUAUUCCUGAAUGAACUGCAAAAAGCCAAUCACUUUGUGCUUAUGUCACUUUUCUGAUUUUUAUUUUUAUUUUUUUUGUCUCCUCACAUGCAUUAUACUAAGGAAUUUUGCUGUUUGUAAAAAGAAAAUUGGGUGUGUGCGUGUGUGACAGGAAUGUUUUCACCAUGGAAUAAACAUUUUUGAUCAAACUGUA